AUGGAAGCUGGACAGGAAACGGCAGCUCCUCAUACUUCUGCUCCGACCCAGUCCGUUCCUGAUCACGGCUCGAAUCAGUAUCAGACAUCUGACACACUAGAGACGUCUCUGAGCUACCUGGAUCUUGCUCCCGCCCCUGUUGUCGAACAAAUACUGAACGACUGGUUCGAAUUCGUACAUCCUGUAGCGCCAAUUUUGCACCGGGACACAUUCCUGCGUGAGUUCCACGAUCCCAACAACGCUCCUUCCUCGGAGCUCUCUGCGCUGGUCAUUUCGAUUUGCUCAGCUACUGUUGCGACUUUGCGUCAACGGGCUGCUGCCUACGAAGAACUUGUCACUGUUGAGAAGUGCUUCGCCUUAGUGCAAAAGCAUGGGUACCUGCAGAACUCCUUCUCUGUGUCCUUCAGGAGAGCGCAGAUCCAGUACAACUGUGCUGUAUCAAUUGGCCAGAUGCGCGGCAUGGACUGUCCAGAAGCACAACUCCUGCUCUCGGCAGCGACGGCUGCGGCAGGGCGCAUGUUGCACUAUGACGCCGAGCACAUGCCCUUUCGCGACCGAGAACUACUAAAACGGCUUUAUCUGCUAUGCUUCGCAGGUCAAUGCUCUUCCGGCUUACUGGCAAGACCGUACAUGAUACCAUCGGGGGUCACCAACUUGGAAGUCGUCAUGCCUCAAGUCCUGAAUGAUGCUGAGCUUGAUAUGGUGACGCCCGGGCAAGAAACCUGGCACGGAAACGUUACUUCUUACAUUCCAGGACUUCGUGCUUUGACACAUAUUUUCGCUCUAUGGUAUCGAAGCCAGCAGGGUGACUGCUCCGAUUUGCAGCACCUGCAAAAGUACGUUGAUCUGGCAUUGACCUCUUUGGACGAUCUGCCACCGCAGCUAAGAUGGCGUGGCGGGCUUUCCCGACCACAACGCAGCAAUUUCGGUACGGACGUCCAAAUGGUCAAUCUUUACAUCACGCAAAUUCAUAUUCGAUCAUUCUUAAUGGAUCAGAUGCAUGCUGUUGCUAAACGACAGAAUCAAACAGCAAUAGUGGACCAAAUCGUCGUCUCACGCCAGGCUCUGAUCGAUGAUAUGUUGGCAAUUUGCUAUCAAUCGCCGGAGGCCAUUCUGGAGGCCAACGGCCACAGUCUCAUUGGCAAGCUCAGGGAUAUUGGUAUGUCGCUGCUCGAAGAUGAGACCAACCCUGUUCAGGCUUUUGCCAACCUCGACCGUCUCCUUGCAAAGCUUGACAGACUCGACGUUCGAAGAGUGGGCCCAAUUGAUUCGACGAGUCCACUGUCGUUCUUGACCAGUCCAAGGAGCAUCCCAUAG